CAUUUGCAUUCUUUCAUUUUCCAAGUGCUACAGGCGACUGUCCACACACCGCUAGCUGAACGCAUCAAGCAUUUUGAGUUACAUUUCUUUUACGUGGUCAUAAGAUGGAUAAAACCGUGGUCCUUAUUACUGGCUGUUCCUCAGGAAUAGGACUGGGGUUGGCUGUAAGACUGGCUUCAGACACCUCAAAGGCAUUUAUUGUCUAUGCCACAAUGCGCAACUUGUCCAAGAAGGAGCGUCUCCUGGAGUGCGUGAGGGGCUGCCAUGAGGAUACCAUGGAGAUUCUGCAGAUGGACGUCACUGACCAGCUGUCCAUCCAGGCCGCCAAGCAGAGGAUAAAGGAGAAGAAGGUGGACAUUCUAGUGUGCAAUGCUGGAGCUGGACUCAUGGGCCCUGUGGAGACACAGUCCUAUGAAACCAUGAAGCAGAUCUUCGACGUCAAUCUGUUCGGGACUAUCUGCACCAUCCAGGCUUUCCUGCCGGAAAUGAAGGAGAGGAAAUCUGGGAGGAUCAUCGUCACAGGCAGUGUGGGGGGCCUGCAAGGGAUUCCUUUCAACGAUGUGUACUGUGCCAGUAAAUUUGCAGUGGAGGGGUUCUGUGAGAGCUUGGCCAUACUGCUGCAACACUUUAAUAUCCAUAUCAGUCUGAUUGAGUGUGGUCCUGUGAACACGAACUUCAUGACCAACCUCCAGAGGACAGACCCUGAGGACCCCAAGCUGCAGCACGUCGACCCCGAGACCACGCAGCUGUAUCAGAAAUACCUGCAGCAUUGCGAGAGAGUCUUCGAGGAAGCAGCUCAGGACACAGAGGAGAUAGUGCAGGUGUUCAUGGAUGCUAUUGGGGCUCCGUUCCCUUCCUUGCGUUAUUACACAAACACCACCUUUCUGCCCCUCACCAAGCUCAAGCUGUCCGUGGAAGAUGGAACUCAGUACAUCAAAGCAAUGAAUAAGUUUGUUUUUUCUACACACAAGACAGGGGACUUUUAAACAGGAGGUUCCCAGCAGGAAGUCUUCCAGUUUGUGUUCUACCCAUUCUAUAAACAGUUUAAACAUUGUAUUAAGGUGCCUCUUGUUAGCAUGUGCCGGUGCAAACAAAUAUUGCUCCCCACGAAUAUUUAUACCCCCAAGUGAAUUAAUAUUGGUUCCCAGCAGCGAACAUUUGUUCCCCUCACCUACAUGCAUGUUUGUUAUGUAUCCUGUCUUUAUGUAAAUUCCGCAUGUGUAAUGGUAGAAAAUGGGAGCAAUGCUUGCAGGCUGUUCUCAUGUAUUAUUGUAGGUGAGACUGGACCUGUCAGAGGGGACUGGGUGGUACAAUAUUCGGAAGAGGAACCAAUGGUUCCUGGGGGAACCAACAUUCGG